GUUCUUAUUUAUCUACUUGCAUUUUGACGUGCUUUCGAACUGCUAGGUUGGCAGGAGCUGGGACCAAGCAACGGGAGCUCACCCCGUCACAGGGAUUCGAACCGCCGACCUUCUGAUCAGCAAGUCCUAGGCUCAGUGGUUUAACCACAGCGCCACCUGGGUCCCUAGUAUGUGUAUGUGUUUAAGUAUUAACACAUACAUGUGUUUAAGUAUUAACACACUAGUAGUAUGUGUUUAAGUAUGUGUUUAAGUAUUUGUUGUAUUUGUUGUUGAGGAGCAUCAAUGGGAUAGUGCUGUUGCUUUUAUGCCUGGCUCUGGAAUUCCAAGAGGCAUCUCAGUGCACUGUGGGAUAUGGGAAGCUGGACUACAUGGACCUUUAAUCUCAGAUGAUAGAGUUCAAGUUAAGUUCACAAGUUAUUUACCAUUAUUUUUUGUUAAUAUACAGUGGUCCCGUCUGCAUGGCGUAUUAAGAUGUAGCUAAAAACAAACCAUGGUGUAGUUAAUGGGCAACGUACUUGCACAUGCUCCAAUAAAGCUCUUGCUCUGCUCCUAUCCCACUCACACUGCAUCAUUGGAAAACAAAUAUUUGAUGUCUGAACCCAGGCUUUCAGUUUCUCUCUCUAAAUGAACAGUGAGCAGUAAGUCGGGAAUAAACCUUGAUAAUUGCUUGUGGCUUGUUUGGGGAGAAACUGAAAGUCUGAGUUCAGAUAUAAUCACAAAGCCGGACUCUGGCUUGUUCUCAACAGUGCAGAGUAGCAAGAGUGGAACAGCAGCAGAAUGAAAAACUCUUGAGCAACGUGCGCUAAUGGCAUGCUGUGUGUUCACUUUAAACCAUGUUUUGUUUUUAACUGUUGUUGAACAUGACAUGUGGACAUGACAUUGUAGAGCUUAAAUAAAGUGCAUGGGUUGGAAAAUGGGAUUGAAUAAUAAAUAUAUAUAUAUAUAAUUAUUAUAUAUAUAUGAUAGGCCUUAAAGAGCUUAAGUUGUACCUUGGUUGCCGAAUGCCUUGAAACUCGUACGUUUCGGCUCCUGAACUAUUGAAAACCGGGAGUGAGUGUUCCGGUUUUCAAACGGUUUUCAGAAGCCAAACAUCUGGUGUGGCUUCUGCGGCUUCCGAUUAGCUGCAGGACGCUCCUGCAGCCUAUCGGAAGCCAUGUCUUGGUUUUUUAACAGACUCCCGGACGCAUUCCGUUCGAGAACCAAGGUCCGACUGUACUUAAUUGGAAUUGUGGUUUUUGAUGUGAUUCUGUAUAUAGCUGUGAUUUCUGCAUUGCUGGGGUGGACUAGAUGAUCCUUUUGGUCCCUCCCAACUCUACAAUUCUAUGAUUCUGUAUUAAGUUAUGGCCACUGCCUUAGAUGGUUUAAAAAGAAGAUUCAAUACACUAUCAGUAGCAAUUGACUAUGAUACUAAAAUGGAACUUCCAAGUUGUUCUAUGCUGAUGAGCUUACUGGAAGCAUGUGACUGAUCACUGUGGAAAAGGAAUGUUGUCUUAUAUGGACUGUACUGCUCUUAUGUUCAGGCUAUAAGCAGUUUUUUUUAAGGAAUUUUCUUUGAAUUAUGUUUAAAAUCUGAGUAUGAGAGAAUCUAACUGAAACUUUAAUUUUUAGAAAAGAACAGAUCAUUUUAAAACCCUGCCAGUCAACUUGUGGUCUAUCUUUUCCUUUUCCUUUACACAAAUGCUCGCUAAACAUUCAAAGUCCCUUUACAGGGUUUCUGUUCCUGCACAAUUAUUAAUUUUUCUAUCCCUGCCUCAGCUCCACUUCUCUUUCUUCCCUUCACUCUAACCAUCAAGGGACCCCCCCCCAAUCUUCCACAUUUGCAAACUGCCACUAUUUUUCUCACUCCCCAUCCCAGUUCUUAUUCCCAUUUUGCCUGGGGACAACAUGCAAAAUGGGGAAUGUCAAGUUGUAGUUAGUUAAUUGGAGAAAGGCCAGUGACAUAGGACAGUCCAUCCCUUUAGUAUGAAUGAAACUUUGUUCCCUGGCAGGCAAAUGCAAGAAUUAAAAACUUCCGUAGUUGCUCUGUCUAAACAUAGAAUGUAGUUAUGAUCAACCAUGCUUUAUGUUUUAUGUAAGCUGCACAAAAGUAACAAAAGUGUGCAUGUGCACGAAAGCUUAUACCUAAAACUACUUAGUUGGUUUCUAAGGUGCUACUUUAUAAUUUUUAAAUUCUUUUGGAAGGAUUCUUUUAAAGAUGUUCUUGGAUCAUAUAAUUUUUUGAAGACUUGGUUCUUUUAAGGUAGUUUUUAGUUUUUUAAAAAGAGUCUUUUAAACUAUCUUUUUAAAGAAUUGUUUUAAUUUAUUUUGACAAAAGUAACAGUAACUGAUAAUUUUUAUGAAAAUUUAUUUACUACUUCAUUAUGAGCAGAAAUAGCUCCUAAAAUGCUUUUAAAAGUCAAUUUAUGAACUUGACUGCUCUUUGACUUGUGUGACUUUUCUUGCUUAUAAUUGAAUAUUCAAAUUUACAACUGACUGCUUUAGUGAACAAAAAAUGUCAGGGUUUAGUGAACAAAAAACAUCAGGUUAUGCAUGCAGGGAUUUCAUGUACUACUUGUAGGUUCAUGAGGGGAGGUGGAUCUGGAACUUCUGAAAGUUGUGUCUGUUUUAGAUAGCUGAUUGGGGUGAAGUGGCUGAUCUAUGGGACAAAAUUGCUGGCUAUAGAGAAAAGCUGAAAUCACUUUUCAAAAGGCAGUUCCAACUCAUGAGGGGGUAAGGGUAGGUAUUGUACUGGGGAAAUGUUUGCAGAGUCAAGAAGCAAAGCAGGAAUGGGCUGGAAAAGAAUGAGUUGGAAAAUAUAUGAGCUGUCUGCAGUAGGUGGUUGUAGGUGGCACAUAGUGCUGUUUCUUUCUUAGAUGGAACUUGUAUCUGGACUAUACGCUGCAUAAUAUUGAUGCAAGAAAAGACUAGUAGAGCCUUCUGCUCUGGUGCAUAAUUCUUGUUCACAAUUACUGGUAUGAAUAAUUCUCUUGUGAACUAGAAAAGUGUAGCUGUUUUUGUGGCCCUGGCAUUUUGCAGCUGAAGUAGUUCUGCCUCCCAGCAUCCAUGUGUGGCACCUGUUUAUCUUUUAAGUGUGAGCACAUGUGUAGGUAUUGCUCUUUAAGUGUUCAGUGCAUGGACACUUGGGGUCAGUGUUAGACACUCAGAUAUAUAAUCUGAUCGCCAAAUGGCACCUUAAUCCUGGGUUAUGGUCACCGCAAUAGAAUAUAUAGGCACCAUUUUUUCCAAUGGGGUGUUGUUAUUGUCAUUACGGUAUUGUUAAUUUCAUUUCUACACUGAUUUAUAUUUUGAAGAACAAAUCUCAAAGCAGUUUACAACAUAUUAAAAUAUCAAAAAAUUAGACUAAAACAAACCCAGGCUUCAAGGAAAAUAUUUCAGAUCCUUCUCUAAGUGACAUUUUGUUUUCCCUAGUCGCCAGCCUGUCACCCAGAGAUUUUUACAUGGUCACAAUUGGACUUGUGCCAGCCGCAAAACUUGUCUGGUGCCUGACUAAUUUCUAACACUGCUUGGGGUGGAGACAUAUUGGUCAUGAAAUAUUAAGGGUGCAGCUACCAACAUGACCCUGCUCCUCCAUUGAUACACGAGAACCCUUUGCAUGUUGAGAGUUCAGUUUUUCUGUGAAAGGAAUCUUUAGUAUUGAGGAGCAUUCCGUUAUGUGAAGUACUAUGGCCUAGAUACAGAUACACUCCCUAGGUGAGAAUUAGGCCAGAGUCUGUUAAUGAGAGGAGAAAGUUUAUAUUGGGCCACGGUCACUCACAGUGGAUAGGAGUAAGAUGCAGAGCCAGUAAAACUACUUUGGCAUAAGGACACCUGGAAUACUGUGUCCAAUUCUGGACACUACAACUUAAGAAGGAUGUUGACAAGCUGGAACAUGUGCAGAGGAGGGCAACCAAGAUGAUCAAGGGUCUGAAACAAAGCCUUAUGAGGAAAGUGAAGGAGCUGGGUAUGUUUAGCCUGGAAAAGAGGAGACUGAGAGGAGAUAUGAUAGUCAUGUUCAAAUAUCUUAAGGACUGUCACAUGGAAGAGGGAGCAUGCUUAUUACCUCCUGCUCUUGAGGGUAGCUCAAGGCAUUGUCUUCAAGUUACAAGAAGGGAUAUUCUGACUAAACAUUUGAAAAAACUUUCUGACAAUAAGAGCUGUUUGGCAUUGCAACAGACUCCCAUGAGAGGUGGUGGACUAUUAUUCCUUUGAGGUUUUUAAGCAGAGGUUGGAUGAUCAUCUGUCAUGGAUGCUUUAGCUGAGAUUUCUGCAUUGCAGGGGGCUGGACUAGAUGACCCUUGAGUCCCUACCAACUCUUAAGAUUCUAUGAGGCCUAUAGUUUCCCAUGGAAAGAGCAGGACUUAGGCUCUUUGUGGGAAUCUUUCUGUAGCUGGUGAUACCGAUAUAUGGUCUGGCUUAGACCAGUGUUCAGAAUUCCCCAGGCAUGUUUUGUGACUGGCAUGGGUCCAAUUGCGACAAAGUGGAGAUUUCUAGAGGCGUUUCUCUCUCUCUCUCUCGCUCCCCUCCCCUCCCCCACCCCACAGUUGCAGUAUUAAUUCAUGUGUUGGGGGGGGGGACCUGUAAUUUGUAAAAUGUGCAACUGAAUUGUUAAAUAUAUUAACGUUGACGGUGUGCACAAUUAAUUUACUGUAUUGUUUUGCAGUCUUGCCCACCCCACCGCCCCAGGUUUCUAGACAUUCUAUUGUGGCAACUGAAACCUAGAUUUAAGGUGCCAUUUGGCAAAUAGCUUACAUAUCUGAGUUUGUAAUGCUGGUUCAGAUGCUCUGCAAUCAAUGUUUGGUGAUUAAAAGUAAACUGUAAUGAGCUCUGGGCUUAUACAUUCACCACUCCUCCUUGUCUGUGUAUGCAAGAAAGAGAGUUAAAGCUCCUGCUUCAAUUUUAGAUUAAACCACUGUUCCAAAUUAUGCAUGGGCUUGGGUUAUUAUGCCUUGUUUUAACCAAAGUUUAAAUAAACUAAGAAUACAUUGUGAUUUCAUAUCCUGGUUUGUUCAGUAACUUUGGUCAGAACAAGCCACAGUUCCCUAGAUUUGAAUGUGACAUGGAAUUGUGGUUAGUUCUAGAGUAAAAGUGGAAGCUUUCACUCUUCUUCUUGCACAUAAAAAAAGCAGGGAAAGGGAAGCCCAUAAGCUUUUGCUGCAACUUGUUCCCUGUCACCUAAACCUAAAUCUGUAGGAUCUAUUAAAUCUAAUCUAGAAUUUAGGUGAUGGUGUAAACUGGUGAUUAAUAUCAGAUACUGUUACUUGACACAAUAGUUGUAUGUAAUAUUUUCAGAUAUUCUUUCAUAUAUAGGCAACCGUGUUUCGGGAAGCUUUUAAUGUUUGAUCCUUUAAUGUGUUCCUUUAUACUUUGUUGGAAACUGCCAGAAUGGUUGCGGCAACCUAGUCAGAUGGGUAGGUGUAAUGGUGCUGUUGUGGCUACUCUUGAGUAAAGAUGCCUGAGUCCGCUCUGUCUUUAAGAGUUUUAUUGUGCAUAGUAUUUGCAGUGCAGAGAGAGCAGAAAACAUGACCUCUCAGUCACUCGCAGAAUCCGGCAGUGGACGUUUCCUGUUAUGUGCCCAGCAUAAGAGUUUGGGCACCCCGAAACGCCCCCCGACCUUACGUUUGGUGGCGCGCCUUAAUUCGGGCGCUGGAAGGGGCUGCCUGCUCCCCUCCACCUGUUGGUCUGGGCGUUGCAACGGCUCUCUAGCAUAGCUGAGCCCUGACGCCCCCAACUCACUCACUAAUAUUAACUUCUCCUACAUUCUGAUCUCAUAUACAGUGGAACCUUGGUUCUUAAACGGCUUAGUUGAUGAACAAAUUGGCUCCUGAACGGCAAAAACCCGGAAGUAAGUGUUCUGGUUUUUGAAUGUUUUUCGGAAGCCGGAUGUCCGAUGCAGCUGUUGGUUAUUGUUUUCAGGGCCCCUGCACCAAUUGGAAGCUGCGCCUUGGUUUUCGAAUGUUUCAGAAGUCGAAUGGACUUCCGGAAUGGAUUACGUUUGAGAACCAAGGUACCACUGUAUUAGGAUUCCUCUGUUUGCUUACUUCGGGUGUUUGCUGCUGGCCUCUCCCCACGUCCCCACCCCCCACCCCACAGGAUGGUAUGAUAUUUGAAAGAAGACGAUGCAUACAGGAGGAGAGACUUCAGCAUGCAAACCUUCAUCUGUUCGGCUUGCACCGUCAUUUUCAUUCCAUGCUGCUGGCCUUCAGAUGGCUGGACAGAUGUCCCAUUCGCAUCAGCAGUACAGCGAUCGUCGGCAGCAAAACUUAAAUGACCAACAAGUUUCUGCCUUAUCAUAUGCUGACCAGAUUCAACAGCCUCUCACCAACCAGAGGCGGAUGCCCCAAACUUUCCGUGAUCCAGCAACUGCUCCUCUGAGGAAACUAUCUGUGGAUUUGAUCAAAACUUACAAACAUAUUAAUGAGGUUUACUAUGCAAAAAAGAAACGGCGACACCAACAGGGCCAGGGUGAUGAUUCGAGUCACAAAAAGGAGCGAAAGGUUUACAACGAUGGAUAUGAUGAUGAUAACUAUGACUACAUUGUGAAAAAUGGGGAAAAGUGGAUGGAUCGCUAUGAAAUUGACUCUUUAAUAGGCAAAGGUUCAUUUGGACAGGUUGUAAAGGCAUAUGACCGCGUGGAGCAAGAGUUUGUGGCUAUUAAAAUUAUAAAGAACAAAAAGGCUUUCCUAAAUCAAGCCCAGAUUGAAGUGCGACUUCUUGAGCUUAUGAACAAACAUGACACGGAAAUGAAAUAUUAUAUAGUACAUUUGAAGCGUCAUUUUAUGUUCCGAAACCAUCUUUGUCUAGUUUUUGAAAUGCUCUCCUACAAUCUUUAUGACCUGUUGCGGAAUACGAACUUCAGAGGGGUUUCACUGAACUUGACACGAAAGUUUGCACAACAGAUGUGCACUGCACUGCUUUUUCUUGCAACUCCUGAACUUAGCAUCAUUCACUGUGACCUAAAACCUGAGAAUAUCUUGCUCUGUAACCCCAAACGAAGCGCUAUCAAGAUAGUUGAUUUUGGCAGUUCUUGCCAACUUGGGCAGAGGAUAUACCAGUAUAUCCAGAGUCGCUUUUAUCGAUCACCAGAGGUGCUAUUGGGAAUGCCUUAUGAUCUUGCAAUUGACAUGUGGUCCCUUGGUUGUAUCUUAGUAGAAAUGCACACUGGAGAACCCCUCUUCAGUGGUGCAAAUGAGGUGGAUCAGAUGAAUAAAAUAGUGGAAGUUUUAGGUAUUGCACCCGCUCACAUUCUUGACCAAGCACCAAAAGCAAGAAAGUUCUUUGAGAAGUUGCCUGAUGGAACUUGGAACUUAAAGAAGACCAAAGAUGGAAAAAGGGAGUAUAAACCACCUGGAACUCGUAAACUUCACAAUAUACUUGGAGUUGAAACAGGAGGCCCAGGGGGACGUCGUGCUGGGGAAUCGGGUCAUACUGUGGCUGACUACUUGAAGUUCAAAGACCUCAUCUUAAGGAUGCUUGACUAUGAUCCGAAAACUCGAAUUCAACCUUAUUAUGCCCUGCAGCACAGUUUCUUUAAGAAAACAGCAGAUGAAGGUACAAACACAAGCAACAGCGUGUCAACAAGUCCAGCUAUGGAGCAGUCACAGUCUUCAGGAACCACUUCUAGCACAUCUUCAAGCUCAGGUGGCUCUUCUGGGACAAGCAACAGUGGAAGGGCACGGUCAGAUCCUACACAUCAGCAUCGACAUAGUGGUGGACACUUCACUGCUGCUGUACAAGCUAUGGAUUGUGAAACACAUAGUCCACAGGUUCGUCAGCAGUUUCCUCCUCCUCUGGGUUGGACAGGCACUGAAGCUCCUACACAAGUCACUGUUGAAACCCAUCCAGUUCAAGAAACCUCCUUCCACGUAACCCCUCAGCAACAGAAUGCAUUACACCAUCACCAUGGAAACACCUCCCACCAUCACCACCACCAUCACCACCACCACCAUCAUGGACAGCAGGCCAUGGGUAGCCGGACCAGGCCAAGGGUCUACAAUUCUCCAACAAACAGCUCCUCUACCCAGGAUUCUAUGGAGGUGGUUCAUACUCACCACUCCAUGACAUCCCUGUCUUCCUCAACUACUUCUUCCUCCACAUCUUCCUCCUCAACUGGUAAUCAAGGCAAUCAAGCCUAUCAGAACCGCCCAGUGGCUGCUAAUUCAUUGGACUUUGGACAAAAUGGAGCUAUGGACGUCAAUUUAACAGUCUACUCUAAUCCACGCCAAGAAACUGGCAUAGCAGGACAUCCAACAUACCAAUUUUCUGCUAAUACAGGUCCUGCUCAUUACAUGACUGAAGGACACCUUGCAAUGAGGCAGGGAAUUGAUAGAGAAGAGUCUCCCAUGACAGGAGUUUGUGUUCAGCAAAGUCCUGUGGCUAGCUCGUGACUAAACUGAAACAAAUUUGUUUCUUGUGUGUUUUUAUAGAAGUGGUGUUUUUCCAAAAAAAGUGCAAAGCUGCUUGAAUCAGAAGGAGAUAGACUAACUGAACCGCUACAGAAGGGCAAAGCUGAUUAUUUUUUUAAACUUGAACAGAUUGCAAAGGGACAGUAAAGUUUUUAGAGCCAUGAUACGUAUCCUAGAUAGCUUUGAGGUGAUGUCUCACCUUGCUGCCCCUAUUUUAAUUACCAGAACCAAGUCAUAGAUUCCUUCCCCCCACCCAUUCAACAGGAGUAAAAUGUUGGUCUUAGUUGCAAACAGCUUUUUAAAGGCACUGCCCAGGAUCAUAUUAAUGGGCUUUUGGGGAGUGUUUUUUUUAAAUAAAAAAUAAAAAAAUAGAGAGGGUGGGAGAGAGUCAUAUGAAUUUUAAUUUUCCGAACACACAUGAGCACGAAAAGGCAGUACUGUGAGGAAGAGGGACCUUCAGAUUACAAAAUACAGUCUUCAUCUGUUUUUUAAAAAAGAAGGGACGGUUGUAAUGGUGUUCAUGAGGCACAUUGAGCAUGCUAAGUGGCGGUGAUCAGGAUUCUCCUUAUCUGAACCUACUGAGAAUCAAAGCAGCAAUUAUAAUGGGAUUCUGUGUGUCUCAUAUUUUGAGACCACAAUCAGCUAGUAUUGAAAUAUGGCUGGUCUUGUAACUAAGGUGCACUGAGAAGCAAUCAACAGGUUGGUCUUGGCCAGUCCAGGGGGAAGUUUAAGUGGUGGUCUUUGGGAUAACCUUUGGCCUUAUGGAUUUGGACUCUUAAGUUAGAGGAGCCUACCAUUUCAGAUGCAAUCACUUUUGGACAUGCUUUUGCAGACAGUCCUUAAUGCUGAAAACACAGAAUGGGUAAUUCAAGAGGCCUUUCUUUUAAAAUAGACUUUUGUGACCCACUUAUUGUAAGGUAUUGCAAGGUCACUUUGCGUGUGUCAUAAAGUUGACUUCCUUAUUGGUUGAAGGUCACAGGAGUAGUGGUUUGCUUUUGAUGGAAAUAGCUACAACUGUGUCCCUCCCUGCUUUUUACUUUUUUGUUUUGUUUUGCUUUUUCUGGGCACGUGGUUUCUCCACCAUUACUUCUGCACAAAGAUGUCUUCUGUUCAUCUUGAACAUUUUUAAAAAUGCAGAAUUUUAUGUGACUGCUUUUUUGCCUCACAAUUAUGCUGUGAAUUUUACAAAAAUUAUUUUCUUUUUUGAUAAUUUAUUGUACCAAAGCUGUUUUUAUAGCACAUAGAUGUCUGUAACCAAUAAUGUAGCAGUUCUGCACUUUGACACAAGGUGUAACUAGACCAUUUUUAAAUGUCAGUUGAAAAUUAUGGCUGUACUAUUGCUUAAACAAAACUGGAACUGUUGUUGAAUUCAUAGCCAAUACAUUUACAGCAAACUGUGUACUGAACAUGAUAGAUUUGACAUCUAAUUCAAGACUAUAACAACAUCUGUUACAUUAUAAAUGUGUUCAGGCUUCUGAAAGUAAAAGGGACACUAGAUCCAGAAGCUAUGAAACCAGCAGUUGAUUCUUGUAUUCCUUAUUAGCAUAAAUGUAAACUUGAAGGCAAGACCUUGAUUGCAUGAACAGGUCCAAAACAUUAGUAUGAGUAAAGCAAAAAGCUCGUGAGACCUGAGGUUAGCAGGCUGUACUUAACAGGUGCCUAAUUUUUGGGUUCUGCUGCCUUAAUAUAACACAGUCAGCUUGGCAGUUGCUAAAUUUGUGGACCCACAUAAAAUACUAAAAUUAUGGAUUAAAACACAGUGAAUAAAAUUGAGGGAUUGGGGUAAUUAAGUGAUUAUCUUUCCUUAACACUGUUUGCCCUUUAUGUGUUAACAAAAGCAGUAAUCUACCUCUGCCAGUAAACUAGUUUUUAAAAGGUCAUUCAGCAGAAAACCAUCUACUUCAUACUGGUCAGUUUCACAUGACCAACUAGGUCAGGUCUUCUGAACAAAAGGUGUUUUUUUAAAAACUAAAAAACUAAAAAAACAAAAACCAGUCCUCACAAUGGCAGCAGAGAGGCUGAAUACAGUGCAAGUGUGAAAGAAUGCUUUGGGAAUUAAACCAUUUUUGUAAAUCAAUUUUUUUAUCAAGGGAUCCAUAUUUCUUUUGUACUGAAAUGUCAAGCAUGUGAGUUAAAGUAUUUUUGAACUUUUGUAGUUCAAAGAUGUUUGGUGAGUGAAAGGCUGUCACCUUAGAAAUGGAACACUGAGCUUAGCAAUGCAAAAAGGAAUCCAGUACUUACUGCUGUCCAGGAAUAUAAGGGUAUCAAAUAUGGGUAACUUUUUUUUCCUGUGCUGGUUGCCACACCUUAGCAAGCACCAAAAACUAAUACUGUUUUUAAACCUACAUAAUCAAAAAUCAUAAACUCCAAUGCUUCUGCAUACUGUGUUAUGUUACAGUCCAGUUUUGUGUGCUUUACUACACAGUUUGGUUACAGGACUUCUGUGCAUUGUAAACAUAAACAGCAUGGAAAAGGUUAAAUACCUGUGUUCAGAUUGUAAGAUCUAGUCCGGACUUGCUGUGUAUAUUGUAACGUUAAAUGAAAAGACAAGCCCUUUGUAUUAUAGUCAUGCAGUCUUAUGUAUGAUAAACAGUUGAAUAAUU